AUGGGAGGCUACGGCGCUUAUGGUGGUUAUGGUGGUUAUGGUGGCUACGGUAGCGCCGGUCUCGGUGGUGGCCUAUACGGUGCUGGUGAGAUCGGCGCUGGUGAGAUCGGUGCUGGUGGGAUCGGCGCUGGUGGGAUCGGCGCCGAUGGGAUCGGCGCAGGUGGGAACGGCGCCAUAUAUGGCCGUGUUGACGCUGCUCUCCUCAGUGAUCCUGCUGCCACCGCGGGCACGAAUGACGAUAAUAGCACGACGGCAACAGCUGGCUUGACUGAUGAAUCUGGACACCCUGGCGCUGCUGCAAUUCCUGCCGUCCCCGGGGCUCCUGCUGUUCCCGGCGAACCUGGCGGUGCUACAGUUCUUGGCGCUUUAAGCAAUUCUGGCGUGGGUGGCGGUGCCAUGCCUGAUAGCAUUCCUGGCGAUGAUCUAUACGAAUACUAUCCUGAUUACAAUGAAACUGAAUACGAGACAACCACGGACUAA